UCCGCUCGAGGCGGUCGUGUUGUGGCCAACGAAACGGACUGGCACUCUUCUAAGCACUACGAGCGGUAUCCAGUAUCCCAGAGUUAAAGCUAAAGGAAAGGUGCGCGCGGGCGCAUUAAAAAUUCAAGAGGAGAAAAGCGAACGAAACGUUGGAAAAGCGAGAAAAGCGAGUGGUGUGUUCUGCAAGACAGAGCGUGAAGAGCAGCUUUGUUUUAUAUUUAUUUUGUUUUAUUUGUUGUAUUUUUUGUUGUUUUCCGUUUGCUCGGUUUUGUUCGUCUUUAUUUGCGGGAUAAAUAUGCGGAAACCCUAAUCCGAUCUUCAGGAACGUAACAAUAAACGACGUCAACUGCCUUACAGAUUACAAAAGUAGUGUGACACUUUUCCGCGAGCUCGGAAAACAGGUUGCCAUAUAGCCUAGGGCCGUUCAGCUCAGUGCAGUGCAGUUCAGCUGGCCCACCUGCUCGCCUGGAUCCCCGGAUCACUUGGUGGUCAUGCUGCCCUGGUGUCCCAAAUACACUUGAAAAAGAAAAACAACAAACAGUGAAGAGUUGACAUUGCCAAGAACGUAAUAAAAGAAAGGUGGAAAAGCAAGGAGCGGAAGCAGGAGGAGGCGCCGCUGGAGGGCAGUGAUCCAGGAUGUCGGACAUUUACUACUGCAGCAACAGCCAGAUGAAAAAAACACGCGACACAGAUAAAUUAUCCGCCCCGUUGGCGGUCACAAACAUAAAUGGUAAUUCCAACUCGAACCCGCACUCCAAUUUGAAUUCGAGUUCGAAUUCGAACGGUAUCGCUGCCAAUAUGGCGGCGGCUGAUAAGAAGAACAACAACAGCAACUGCAGUAAUCGCAACAAAGACAAGAGCAUGCAAACAAACGGCGGAAAAAACUGGAAGGGCAUUGUCCAGACUAAUCCCAGUGGCGGUGGAGGCGGGGGUGCUGUGGGUGUGGGCACCACAUCCCAACCGCCGAAGGUGUUCCACAACACCAGAUGCACACGUCACCACAAACCGCAUCACAAUCAUGGCAACGGAACGCCGCUUUCCUCCGUCUCCAAUGGAGGAGCAGCUGAAGCACUGGACACCGCGCAGCUAAGGGAUCGGGAUAGGGAAAGGGAGAGAGAUCGGGAAAGGGAGCGGGAUCGGGAGCGGGAGAGGGAGAGGGAGAGAGAUAGGGAAAGGGAACGGGAACACCACCUACACAUACACAGUCACAACCACGGGCUGAGGAGAAAGUCCGAAUCCGUUCUAUCCACCGAUUCGGAUAUACGCUUCACCCGCCGAAAGCUGGGCGAUGGCCAGAAGUGUGGAUGCGCCGUGAUUGCUGGAUUCCUUAUAGCCCUGCUAGUGGCCGGAGCCUUUGUCUAUGUGGGAUAUACCUACUUCCGUCCGGAACCGCUGCCGGAUCGCGUUUUUCGCGGACGCUUUAUGGUGCUGAACGACAAGUGGAGCAUGGAGCUGGCCAACCAGAACUCGCUGAGAUUCCAGCAAAAGUCCAGGGACUACCGGGAGCGGAUCAACCUCACACUAAGGCGCUCCGAUCUGCGGGAAGCCUACGAGGGUAGCGAGAUAUUGGCCCUGGAUGGCAGCGAGGAUAAUAACAACGUAAUCGUGCAUUUCAACAUGAUCUUUGAUCCGUAUGCGGGCUUGGUGAGCAGUGGCGAUCUGCUGGCCCUGUUCCACGAGGAGAUGAGCCAGCCUCCCCAGCAGCGUCGUCAUUUCGCCAACAUGACCGUGGAUGUGGCCAGUUUGACCAUCAAGGAGACAACGGGUUUAAUUGAAGAGCCCGUUAUGUCCAGUUCCCCUCUGGGGGGACACGAUGAGGCCACAGAGCCGGUGGUGACCACCACUCCGGCCCCACCACGACGCUGCUCUGAGCUGGAGCUAAGCUAUUGCCACCAAGUGGGCUACAAUAUAACCACCUAUCCGAACCUGCUGGGACAUGCCAGCUAUGAGCAGCUGGCGGAGGAUGUCAUUGUAUUCCGGGAACUGGUGGACGGUGAAUGCCAUCGCGAGGCCUACGACUUUGUGUGCCGUCUGCUCCAGCCACCCUGCGAUAGCCACGGGUCCAAUCUGCAGCCCACACCUGGGCUUAUAUGCCGCGAGUACUGUGAGUCCUUCAUGGCCGGCUGUGGGAGUAGGCUGCCACAGCGCUUCCGUCACUACUUCGACUGCGAACGCUUCCCGGAAUCCACGGGCACCCAGUCAUGCCACCAGAAGCCGCACUGCGUCAGCGACAUGCAGACAAAUGUCCAGAGUCCGCGGCUCUGCGAUGGCUAUGCCGACUGUCCAGACCUGUCCGAUGAGCGGAGCUGCGCCUUCUGCUCCCCCAAUGCCCUCUAUUGUGGCCGGGGAAGGGCCUGUGUGCCGCGGAAGGCGAGAUGCGACGGCAAGGCAGAUUGUCCGGAUGGAGCCGAUGAGAAGGAUUGCCUUUCCAUUGCUCCCCUGGCCUCUGAUCUGUUACAGCCGGAACCCCUCGUACCCUACUUGUCCAAGUUCCACUCCGCCGGCUAUGCUGUCUUCUCCGAGAAGGGAGUGGUGGGCAAGCUGUGUGCCGAAGGACUUGAGGGCGAUGCCAAGAUAGUGGUCCGCCAAACAGUGUCCGAAUCUCUGUGCAAGUCCCUGGGAUAUGAAUCCGUGGAAAUAUUCGACGUGCUGAACGACACGGAGCAGUUGUCAGACUACGUCCGCGUCCUGGAUCCCCACGCACCGGAGAUCAGCUUCAUAAGGACGCACUGUCCGCGGCGCCAGGUGCUCUACGUGGGCUGUGGCGAGCUAAGAUGUGGUGUCCAGUCGGCGCUCUUCAAUGCCAAGCAGCACUUAUCCCUGCCGAAGAUGUCCGCUCCCGGAGACUGGCCCUGGCUGGUGGCCCUGUUCCGCGAGGAUAUACACGUGUGCGAUGGCACACUAAUCUCUCAGGACUGGGUACUCACUACCGAGGGCUGUUUCCAGGGACAGCCGCGGGCCACCUGGAUGGCCAUUGUGGGCGCCGUACGGCUAUCCGCAAAAGCUCCGUGGACGCAACGGCGCCGGAUCAUUGGCAUGAUCAAGAGCCCGGUGGAGGGCAGUACGGCGGCAUUGGUGCGGUUGGAAACGGCGGUCAGCUAUUCGGACCAUGUACGCCCCAUUUGCCUGCCGGACUCUCUGCAGCGCCGCCUGCUCCAACAGCCGCCGGCCCAGAGGAGAUCGCACGCCCCGGUGGCUGAAAGAUUGGAGGGUCAACUGGUUCCCCGAAGUCCUCUGGCGCAGGAAAAUCAGCAAUUCUUCUUGAUACCAUCCAAGGAACAGCUUGAGAGCUCCACGGACGGCAGCCUUGCAGAGGACGAUCAGCAGGGGGAUCACUUUGGCGCUGAGGCAGCUGCCUCAUAUAUGCCCAAGGCCGAGGCCCUGCACCGGGAACUGGAGGCCUAUCCCCUGCCGGAUCAUGCACCUCAGGUGAACUACUAUGGCGGCAGCUCCUCAGCGGGAUCUACGUCGUCGUCUGCCUCUGCCCGCACGGCAACAAAGGCUCCAGCUUCGGUGUCGUCCGCAAUUCCAGUUGCUUCCGAGCAAAUAUGGACAAACUGCAAUACCCUGGGCUGGUCCCGGCAGCGAGAUCAUUUGCAGCGCGUCCAGCUCAAGAUUGGCGAUAUGGCGCCCUGCGAGAACGUGUCCAUCGCCACCGUCAACUCCAUGUGCAUGGAGGCCACCUAUCAGAAGUACGAUUGCACGCAGGAGGAGUACUCUGGAGCUCCAGUGCAAUGCCUUAUCCCCGGGACCAACCAGUGGGCUUUAAUCGGGGUCUCGUCGUGGCGGAUCGCCUGCGGACCGAGUGGAGUGGAGCGGCCCAGAAUGUACGACAAGAUCGCCUCGAACGCCGCCUGGAUUCGCGAGACCAUCAACGCGGUGUAAUCCACAACAACUUGCAUUUGUACAGAAAACGGAAUCGAACCGAACUCUCGUUACGGUAUUAUGUGUGUAGAAUGGAUAGAUCACAUUAGCGUUACUAUUUCCCGAUCUAAUGUUAACCGAACCCCAACCUAACCCCCUACUUAAUCGUUAAGCAAGCUUUUUUUUUUGCUGGUUUUGUGUAAUAUUUAUUAACUAUGUUGUAGUUGUGUGUGUUAAGCAUGUCGAAAAGGAAGCCAAUUUAGUUGCUAGUAUUUACGUUUAGCUGUUUUGUAGUAAGAUAUUGUUGAAUAAAAUGAAAUCGCCUAAAAA